UUCCAGCUUCCAUACCAUCAACCACCUUGCCUUCCUUCUCGUAUUGUCGUCAUCAUGGCUUCUCGUUACGGAGGUCGCUUCCUGGCUGCCAAUGCCCCAAAUCCAGCAAAGGAGCCCGUGCCCGUGUACGAACGGCAAUGGGUGCUGCCACACCCUACAGCCCGCAUUAAGGUGCUCAAGUGGGUCAAGGCUACCAACCGUCAACCACGAUCUUUCCCAGAGGAAGAAGAUGCUCGGUACAUCUACGCUUCCUCAUCCUCACAGCAACAGGCUACCUCUUCCUCCUCCACCGGUCAAGUGGACCUAAAAGUCCCAGCCCCUGCUGCCGCGUCUACUUCUGAGCCAACUCUACUUGGCACUACAGGGGAAGAUGUGGUGAUGGAUGACGCGAGCUUGAAAGCAGAAGGCACCGCUGAAAGCGUGCUGAAUGCUGCAGAGGGAACCCAAGGGCAGCAUCUCUUUGACGAGACACAAGUCGAGCCUCUUGUACCCGCUGCUGCUACCACAGACGACCCAGACGCUACCCUACCCGGUGCGGAAGACAUCUCUAUGACGCCUGCCAUGGCUGUCAAGAUUGGCGAGGCGGCAGCAGAGGCUGAUCAAGCGGAGGACGAGGAAGCUGGAGAGGCAGAGGACGUGCAGGAGGAAGACGAGGAUGAGGAAGAGGUGGCAGAUAUACCCCAAAAGCACCAGACGAUUCGUAUCGGUGGACCUCUGCCGGAGGAUAAGAAGCUGCCGCCCGCGAAGGCAGUCACACCAGUAGCCCCUGAAGCAGCUGAAGACGCGUCGGGAGAGGCAGCGCCAGUCGUGCCUACACCUCAGGUCGACUCAGAGCUGCAUCCACCCCUCGAUGGAGUGCCCCCUUCAGACCCGCUAGCCGAGGAGCAAGCACGGCAAGAGACAUCAGCUCCUACCGCUGAGCCCACAUCAGAUGCCAUCGAGGCUGAUCCGGCCUCGGGGGUGAACACGGGUGACCCGACUGGGGAAGCGGACAACAUUGGCGGGGUGGAAGUGGUGUCAAGGGAUGACCCGGAGGUGAAGGGGCUAGGGGAGGACGUGGCAGCCAUCGUUCAUGCGCAGCCCGAUGGAGUGGAGCAGGUCAAGGUCGUCGAGGACUGAGGAAGGAGACGCAUUUAGAGCGACGUGCAUCGUACGGGCGGAGGCUUAUCGCGGGUCACUUCGGGGACAGAUGUACAAUAUUGCGGGAGAG